AUGUGUCAUGCAAUUACUUGGUACUAUGGCCGAUGCCAGCACCCUGACCCGGAAGCUACCUCUAUCAUCGCAUGCAAGAAAGCCUUGCUUGAGGGCUAUGAUUGCAUCGACGAAUACCAAGAGGAAAUUCCUUUUGCACUCAAAGGGUACUGUUUGAAAUGCAAACUUGAUGCACUGACGCUCCGCCAGUCUAUUAUUCGCAACUGGAAGAGACAGCGCUAUUGGGCUGCGAUGAACGGCACCUAUCGUUAUCACAGAGGCGACUGUACCGCCGAUGAAAGCGAUGAUGAAGAAUAUGCUGCGGAAACACCAGCAGUCCAGUCUCCUGAUUUGUCUCGUAGGUCUCCCACUGGGUCGUCAAGGGACAGUGUAUCGUUCUAUAACGACCCAGCAUGCAAGCCGACCCUAGUGCAGCCGGCGAUGCCCUACUCAUCUUGUAGUGCUUUGGUUGAAUAUUCUGAUGAUGAAGAAGAUUCCGAUGUCGAGUCUUUGCCCUCUUUGGUGCAGGACCCUCCGGGUAAGAAGAGCCAGACUUGGCGGUCUUGGCUCCCUCUUCCAAGUAGGCUGCUGCGGGGACGGCAGAGCCCUUCGUUUUCGGAGUUGAUCUCUGACGACGACAUGUCCGAUGCAGAGCCUUUGCUGGGAACUUCUGGGCCUCGCGAGAACACGAGCCGGCUUCCUCUUCCUAGUAGGCUGAUGCGGGGACGGCAGAGCCCUUCGUUUUCCGAGUUGAUCUCUGACGACGAGAUGUCGGAUGCGGAGCCUUUGCUGGGAACUUCCAGAUCUCGCAAGUGCUCAGGCCGACGGUCUCGGAUUCCCAGGCCUAUAGGCAGGGUGCCGCGGACAUAG